AUGCAUGGCAUUAUAAAGAACACAAUUGAGAACGCCAUCGUGGGCUCUAUUGCAAAGUGUGCUUCCAUUGGGGAGUACUUGGAAAAGAUAAAUAGACAGUUCACUGGUUCUUCAAAGACAUAUGCAACCCAGUUGCUGAAGCAGCUGAUGUCGAGUGAAGACAUUGAGAUGGGCACGGAAAGUGAGUCGUCCGACCUUGAUGUCCAGAACCAGGGGAAUGAUGUUCCGCAGGAUGGCGACGGCCAUGGUAAGGAGAUUGUGCAGGUGGAUGACGAACCUAUGGAUGGGUUAGAGAGAAAGAAGGAAGAGGGGCCAACUGCUGCUAACAAGGACAAGGAGAGUGGUGAUGCUAAGACACAAAGAAAAGAGAUGGCACCUAGAUCUGAUAUGUGGAAUCACUUCAACAAAGUCUUUGUGGAAGGUGUCUUGAUGAAGGGCAAGUGUAAGUAUUGCAAGCGUGAGAUCAAAGCACAUUCAGUUUUCAAUGGUACCACUGCCCUCAAUAAGCAUUUUAAAGUUUGCAAAAGAAAUCCUCACGUACAUCUUAAAGAUCAAAAGCAAGGUGUUUUGCAAGUAACAGAUUUUAUAGGGUGUUGGAAAUUUGAUCCCGAUAAACUUAGGGCUGCAUUCGCUCAAAUGGUCAUAGAAGAUGAGCUCCCAUUUGCUUUUGGAGAAAAAUCAGGCUUUAGAAAAUUUAUGGCUAUAGCUUGCCCACGGUUCAAACCGCCAUCUAGAAGGACCUGUACUAGGGAUGCGGUAGGGACUUAUUAUGAGGAGAAAGCCAAGGUGAAAUUAUUUUUCCAAGAGCAAUGUGAACGUGUUUGCAUCACAACUGAUUGCUGGACUUCACAACAACAAGAUAGUUACAUGACUGUCACUGCCCAUUUUAUUGAUAAGGAUUGGAAACUGCAUAAGAAGAUCAUUGGUUUUUUCAAGAUAAAGGGUCAUAGAGGAGAGGACAUUGGAAAACACUUAGUUACAUGUUUGAUGGAGUGGGGAUUAGAUAAAGUAAUGACAAUAACAGUUGACAAUGCUAGUUCAAACGACGGAGGUAUUGGUUAUGUAAGGAAGCACAUGAAAACUUUAAUAGCAGGAGGCAAAUAUCUUCACAUGAGGUGUGCAGCCCACAUUGUUAAUUUAAUUGUUAGUGAUGGUCUGAAAGAGGUUGACCUUUCUGUACAGCGUGUACGUGCUGCUGUGAGAUACGUCAAGAAUGGUAUAACAAGGUUGGAUAAAUUUAAGGAAUGUGCUGAUUUAGAGAAAGUGGACAGCAAGGCAUUUUUAAACCUUGAUGUUUGCACUAGGUGGAACUCGACACACGAUAUGUUAAAGGCUGCAAUCAUCUAUGAAAAAGUGUUUGCAAGGUAUGCAGACGAAGAUCCAUGCUUCACCAUUGAUCUAAACAGGGAGAAAAAUGGUAAGGUUCAAGGGCCAGGGGUUCCCGAGGAGCAAGAUUGGGAUAAUGCUAAGAAGAUGGAUGAAUUCCUUGGAUAUUUUGCCCAUAUAACUGUCCGUGUUUCAGCAUCACUUAAUGUGACGGCUAACACCUUCUUUCACGAGAUUGGAGAAGUCAACCUUUUGGUGCGCAACUGGCUUGAGAGUGAGGACCCUCUCCAAAAAGAAAUGGGGAAGAGAAUGAAGGAUAAAUAUGACAAGUAUUGGGGGAAGUGGCAUGAGAAGGACUUGGAGAAGGACACAGAGAAGGAGAAAGGGAAGGGGAAAGAAAAGGAGAAAGGAAAGGGAAAAGAGAAGGAAAACAUCAACAUGAUGAUCUUUAUGGCUGUUGUUAUUGAUCCAAGGUACAAGCUUUCUGAGUACACGGAGAUAGCUAUUGGGGAAAUGUAUGGUGAUGGAAAUGGCCAGAAAGUUUGGUCUGCAAUUAACAAGUGUCUAUAUGAGUUGUUUGAGGAAUACAGGGUUAUGUAUGCUCCUGUAGCGACUGAUUCAGCUCCUCAAUCAACUGAUGCUCCACGUACAGAAGGUGGAAAAGGAGGUGCUGCAAGUCUGAUGAAGGAACUAAUUGGCAAGAGGAUGAGGCUGAAUACUGGUGCAAGCAACAGUAGCAAAUCUGAACUAGAGAAAUACUUAGCUGAAGAUUGUGAAGAUAUUGAGAGCACAAAUUUUGAUAUCCUAGCUUGGUGGAAGACAAACUCUUCAAGAUUUCCGGUAUUGGCAUGGUUGGCUCGUGAUAUCCUUGCUAUUCCAAUUUCAACGGUAGCAUCUGAGAGUGCCUUUAGCACGGGCGGACGUGUCCUAGAUGACUUCAGGACAUCACUUACGCCUUUCAUGGUCGAAGGUAUUAUCUGUACACAAGAUUGGCUUCGAAGGUCCACUCCCAUCAAUAUUCAAGAGAACACGGAAGAAUUAGCCAAACUCGAGGAAGAGCUGAUCCAAGAAUUCAAAAAUAAAGCAACGAUCCCUAGCAAAAGCAAAAGUACUGAACCUUCCCAGCCAGGAACAAGCAAGUCAGGACCAAACAAGUCAGGACCAAAGUCUGGCACACGCAAGUCUACAGCCAAUCGCAAGAAAAAAUAG